AUGUCCUUGGAUGAAAUCACACAAUGCCUCGAGGCAACUCUCUCUUCUAACCCCACAACACGUAUUUCUGCAGAACUGAAGCUUAGCGACCUACUCACCACGCCAGAUACGGGUUUGAAGCUAGCACAGGUCUUGCUCAUCCAAGAUUUGAAUACUGGGCUGCGACAGAUAACAUGCAUCACGUUACGGAGAUACGUGAAUGAACGAUGGUCUCCAGCUCUGCCGCAGUGGAAAGGGCCAGGUGCCACAGCCGAGGUCAAAGUACAAAUCCGUCAAGCAGUUUUUCACGGUCUAUCGGAUCCAGAGAAUAAAAUUAGGUCCCUCUGUGCUCAAAUCGUGUCGAAAGUGGCCAACAGUGACUGGCCUGACGAUUGGCCAGAUCUUUUAGACUCUGUGAUCGCUCUUCUUUCCUCCAAUUCGCCUCCAUCUGUGCAUGGUGCUAUGCAGGUUUUGCUGGAGAUCAUCAGGACAGAUUUGACAGAAGACCAAAUCCUUCCUGUACUUCGACAGCUGAUGCCUCUGUUACUCAACAUCCUUGGAGCUGCUGAGCAACAUUCGUUGUUAACGCGCGCGCGCGCUGUUGGGGUGUUCCGUAGUUGUGUGGAGACGUUGUACAUGGUCAAGAGUCAGUAUCCUGCGGCCGUGAAAGAAGCCGUCGAGUCUAUCUUGCCUCCAUGGCUGGACGCUUUCAAAAUUAUUCUAAGCACGGAUCCAAGGCAAGACGUCCAGAACUCAUCAAAUUGGGAUGGUAUUGCUCUACGUUUCCAGAUCUACAAGGCCCUCGAUGCAGUGCAAGCUCCGUUCCAUCGUGUCUUGAUACCGUAUAACGGCGACCUCCUAACUGCGUCCCUCAAUCAUCUCAAUGCGCUCUACUCUACCUUUGUACAUUAUUAUCUCCUUGCUGAGGACUCAAUUCCUGCUCCGUCCGAAAGUGAGUCUACUGGGCUCCCACAGCUCUUCUGCGCCAUUGUCGAUUUCUUGUCGGGUAUCACGAGACAUGCCAGAGGAAAGGAAUGGUUCGUCAGCGAAAAUACCAAAGGCCUAUUGGCCGCAGUAAUCAAUUGGAUACAAGUCACGCAGGAUGAUGAAGAAGAAUGGCUUAGCAACGCCAACGCAUUCGUUGCUCAGGAAGCAGAAGAUACGCUCGCGUUCAGCGUUCGAUUAGCGGGACUGGACAUGCUUGCGUCAUUGGUCGAAGGCUACCGCCCGGUAGCGAUGAUUGCCAUGCAUCAAGUAAUCCAGGAAAUCACGACGCAAUCAGAUGGUGCUCGGAGUGCUGGUAAUACAAAUUGGUGGCGACCCUUGGAGGCCAUGUUAGCUGCAAUAGGUUCGCAAGCCGAUGAAAUCCUUGAGUACAUCGACGACGAGGUGGACAUGGGGAACCCGAAGCCAACCGAUGUCGAAACUCUCCUAGUUAACGUUAUCCCGAAUCUUCUCGGACUCUCAGAUUGUCCGUUCUUGCAGGGUCGAGCAUUUGUUUUCGCCAGCCAGUACACCAAAGUACUGCCCGAACAAUUGGCUGGCCAAUACCUGCAUGCUACUGUGCAAGUUCUAGAAGCUGGCGAGGCCAACAUCCCCAUCAAGGUUUCUGCCGUGAAAGCGAUCCACAACUUCUGUCAGGGCAUAGAUGACGCCUUGCUCGUACCCGUUAUACCGCGCAUCGCAAAGGCUGUUGGACCUUUCUUAACAGUCACUUCCGAGGAUACCUUGUCCCUGGUCCUUGAGAGUCUGUCCGUGAUUGUGGAGAUAGAUGGGGGAAAAUGGAUGACUCCUGACCUCGCAAAUUCGCUUGUAGUCGCUUGCCUCGACGUGUGGAUGAAGAACAACAAAGAUCCUCUCAUCAUCUCUGUUCUAACGGAGAUCCUGGCCUCCGUGACUGCUUCUCCUGCCCAGGGAGUCUAUGAGACUGCUAUAAAGCAGGCGCUGCCCCCACUUUGUAAUGCUAUCAUGGCGUCAACUGAGGCGGAACAUUGGAUCACAGGUGCCGCCAUUGAUCUGGCGUGCAGCCUUGUUCGGGGCGCACCAGAUACUGGUCUCGGUGAAGGGUUCUUGGGUAUGCUUGCACCUAGUCUAUUCUUUGCGAUGAAGACUGUCGAAGAUCGUGAGGUGAUUCAAGUGAACUUUACACAGCUGCGGACAUGGUCAGACCCAACCACCGGCCAAUCGGGUCUCGACUCUGUGCUUGCUGUCAUCGCUAAGCAAAUGCAAAGUCAGGACGAAUCUGGAGGACUGGUGAUUGGUGAUCUGAUCAUCCACCUCCUGCGUAGAGCGGGAGAGGCCGUGCUCCCGAUACUACCUGAGUUGCUGCAAGCCAUGAUCAAUCGCAUGAAGUCCGCCAAGACGGCUACGUUUAUUCAGAGUCUGGUCAUCCCGUUUGCGUUCCUCAUUAAUAAUCAACGCGACACAGUACUCUCUCUUCUCGAAUCCAUGAAUGGCGAGGGCCGUUCCGGGCUCGAUAUCCUAAUCCAAACCUGGUGUGAGAAUGAGGAGACCUUCCAAGGUUUCUGGGCCCAGCGUGUCAGCACUCUGGCAUUAUGCUCCUUGUAUGCUUCAGAACGCCCCAGUCUGCAAAGCAUCACCGUAAAGGGCGAUUUGAUUAUCAAACCAGAAACAAGGAAUGUCAUCAUGACGAGGUCGAAAACGAAGAGCAUGCCCACAGAGUUUACUAUUGUUCCGUUCCCCGUCAAAGCUCUCAAGUUGCUCCUCCAUGAUCUGCAAGCAGACGGGGAAGCGGCAUCAAAGGGGUUGGGUAAGGUUGCAUCGGACGUCGGUUCGGAUGACGGGGACAGCGAAUGGGCCGAGGACCCUGAUGAAAUAAACGGUGGCCUGCGUCCGAAUGAGAUGGCCUUUCUCUCAGACAUGCUGGGAGCCCCUAGCGGCUUGCCCUUUGACAACGAUGAUAUGCUGGACGCGCCCGAUGACGAAGACCUCAAAAAUGACCAAGUAUCUCAAAUGGAUAUGAGGGAGCAUCUGUUAUCCUUCUUCCGUCAAUGUGCUGCUCGCAACACCAAUAACUUCUCUGCUGCAGUCUCUCAACUGAACGUAGAUGAAACUUUGGUUGUACGUCGGAUUGUUGGCCAGUGAUAAAAUCGGAUGUACAUGAUCAUGUUGUACUGGUCUUGAUAUAGAUUAGUUUGGCGACUGCGUGUAUAGCUACAGGAUGUAUGAUUUAUGAUGACGCGAACUAC